CUGAAUUUCUUCGUUUGUUUUUCUUGUUUCUUUUGGCUGCGAUGGAACAAGAUAGUCACAAUCGAUCCCUCGAUGAUGAGGAAGAGGAGGGUCUUUCCUUCAAUAUUGCUCUGGUCAUCGCUGAUCAAGGUUUUGAAUUCUUUCUCGUCGGGAUGCUUCUUACAUACAGCCCGAUUAAUUUUACCUCGAUGAAAUCUGUGCUAGUAGAUCUGUGGCAUCCUCUUGGGGGAAUUACGAUUACUGAUAUUGGAGCAAAAAGAUUUCUUUUUCGGUUCUAUAAUCAGGUGGAUAUGGAUCGUACCGUUGAUGGUGCUCCGUGGUUGUUCAAUAAAAACCUCUUGGUGUGGAGUAAGAUUAAACCAGAUGAAGACCCUUUGAGGAUUCCUUUGAUUACAGCUGAUGUUUGGGUGAUUGUGAAGAAUUUGAAGCCUAGGUUUAUGCGUGAAGAGGUUGCGAAAUCGUUAGGUGAUUUUGCUGGCAAAUUUGUGAGCAAUGAUGCAAAAUACUUGACUGAAUCUGCCGAACUGGAAGAUUAUUCCAUGCGAAUUAGAACUACUCUGGACAUUCGUCAACCGUUACGAAGAAUGAAGAAGCUUUUAGAUGUAAAAGGGGAAGCUUUUUAUGUCUGGUUUUCGUAUGAAAGAAUUUUUGUCUUUUGCUAUCUAUGUGGAUUACUUGGCCACACAGAUUCGUACUGUGAAAUCCGUUUGAGGAAGAAACUGGAUGAACUGAUUUUUGGUUGGGAUGAACGGCUCCGGGCUUUACCUCGCCGGAAUCGUCGAGCUCCUAGUCAAUGGCUGUGUGAAAAUGGUAAGCCUCAAAUUAGGCCAUGGAACAUGGCGGGUUUGAAGGAAGGAGUUACUACAAGGGAUGAUUCUCGUCUAUUAUAUUCCCAGAUUUAUCGCACUUCACUUUUUGUUAAUAAUUCAAAUUUGAAUGGUGAAGGUGAUGAUUUUGGAUUGAUGGAGACUGAAUCCAUAGGAAGAAUGAGUAUCGGUGGGCUUGAGGAUGAUAGUGGGCCUAUUAUACAUGGUGAUCCAAAGAAGAGGCCCAGAAGUGAUAAAAAUGAUAAAAAUAAAUCACCACCAGCUAAUAUUUCUUUGACAAAGGAUUUAUUAGGUGGAAAUCAAGUUGGCGGCAAUGCUUCAGCUUCUAAGAUAUCGGCUGGUCCCGUGAAGCGGGAUAGCCGGAAGCAAUGAGGAUAAUAAGUUGGAACUGCCGAGGCAUUGGCAACCCUCGGGCAGUUAGAGCACUGAAUGAUCUAGUUACUAAUUAUAAACCUGACAUUGUCUUUUUAUUGGAAACCCGUAUGCAUGCUAGUCGGUUAGAGGAAGUUAGAGUGCUUAUCUCUUUUGAUAAUUGUUUUUGUAUGGAUAGAGUGGGGUUAGG